GCUGGGCCGGGUCGCAAGAUUAUAACAAGUUGGCGCACCGCACCGCACCCUCCCGACAGCGCAAGAAACCACACCCACGCCAACUUUUCCCGUCUGUCUUUCUUCUCGGCGGAGGCGAACGAGGAACCCUAGCCGCGCGAGGAACGCCUAGAUCCCCAAGGCCGGCGACGAUGGCGGCGGUUCGGUGCGCGGCGAGGAGGCUCGGCGGCUCUCUGCUCCAGCGGACGCAGGCGGCGGUCGCGGAGGAGGGACGCCUGCUCUCGCCAAGCAGGCUCAUGCGCUCCCGCCAGCUCUCCACCAAGGUCUCCGGCGAGCGAUCGCAGGUGGCGGAGCGACAGCUCCUCGAGCCAGGCAGCCUCAUGCGCUCCCGCCAGCUCUCCGGCGAGCAUGCUCGCAACAUCCAGAAGAAAGAGGAUGACUGCUGGGCGGGGUUCAUUGAGACGCUAAAGAGGUUGGACGAGCUUGAAAAAAAGAAGAAACCCAAUGUCUUCAAGCAGCGCAUGAUAUCCAUCGACCGUGCGUUGAAGAGUUUGGUCUAUGUAUCUUUCAAGGUGACAGUUGUGUUUGUGGUUGCUGCUUCUGCUUUCUCUGACAGUGGGCUAGAAGUCUAGCCCAGGCCGUUACCAAGGAAAACGUGUGAAGACAAGGUGGAAAAAUGAGAACCAAAGAUGGCCGCCUAGCUUGUUUUAUGUUUAAUUAUGACCCCUGCAGUUUGGCUAGCUAGCACUAUGCUAUCGUAUGCUGUGAUAUUGUGUGACAUGGUAUCAUGUUAUUAUAUCUCUACCUAUCUAUCUGUUCGAGUAGAUUAUGCAUGAAACUGUAGCUUGAAGUGAACAUGCUUGCAAGGUCACUGACGUGCAUUGUUGGGCUCC